AUGAAACCAUCUUUUUCGAUCUCUAAACCAAAAAGUCAAGUUAAAAAUAAAAUUGAGGGUAAAAAGAUCAUCGAAUGUCCAAAUGGAACGGUUCCUAUAUUAAGAAAUACAAAAGAAUAUGUCGCAAGAGCCCAAUAUUGGGAGAAAAAGCAUUUCAACCCGCAUACCGUCGGAAGUCAUGGGACACAUUAUGCUGGAGUUAAAUCACAAGGUGAUGGUCCUUAUCAUGGGUUGGCAGCUUAUAUGAGUGUGCAUGAUUUGAAUAUUAGUAGGGACCAAACUUCAUAUGCUAGCAUUUUUGUUGGUAGUGGAGACAACAAGAAAAUUAAUUUUAUUCAAACCGGUUGGAUGGUGAAUCCAAGUUUAUUUGGUGAUGGACGUACAUGGAGUUUUGGGGUUUGGAAGGGUGCCAAUGGAACUGGUUGUUAUAAUACAAUAUGUCCGGGUUUUGUUCAAGUGUCAAAAACUGAUCUUUUAAGUGCACCUUUUCCAUAUCCACACAAAGGACAAGAAAGAGCUGUUUAUGCUAGCAUUGUACAGGAAAAAGAUAUAGGAAAUUGGUGGGUAACCGAUGUAAGAUAUGACAGACCAGAUGUGCAUAUUGGUUAUUGGCCAAAAGAACUAUUUGAUCUUAUAGGUAAUAGUGUAGACAUGGUUGGAGUUGCAGGAGCAGUCCAGGCUUCUCCUUCUGGUAUAAGUCCACCAAUGGGUAAUGGUCAACUACCAAGUGAAGAUGAAAAUAAGUCUGCACACGUUAAAGGCGUCCAAAUAGUACAUUCUGAUUUUAAAUAUAGUAAGAAACUGAAGUUAGAAAAACUAUUGGACGACAACAAAUGUUAUGGCUUAAAAGAUGGAAAGAAGCAGUUUUUUAAAGAAUCCAAUUUGUUCACAUAUGGUGGACCUGGGGGUAACUCUUGUGGAAUCUAA